UGCUGCAGGUGGGGCAUAGUGUGAACUCAGAAAAUUGAAACAUACGUUGUAACCAUGUUCCACUGCCCAGAGAGAGCCAUGGCUGCAGAGAACCCCGUGGAAAGUCUCCAGGAGGAAGCUACAUGUCCCGUCUGUCUGGAGUAUUUCACAGAACCUGUCACUCUGGAGUGUGGGCACAAUUUCUGCCGAGCCUGCAUCAACCAGUGCUGGGAGGGAUCCAAUACAGCCGCCUCCUGCCCUCAGUGCAGAGAAACUGUGCAACAGAAAAACCUCAGACGCAACAGGCAGCUGGCAAAUGUUGUAGAAAUCGCCAAGCGGCUGAGUUUACAGGCAGCAAAGGGAACAGGACGGGAUGGGGUGUGUGGGGAUCACCAGGAGACUCUGAAACUGUUCUGUGAAGAGGAUCAAACCCCCAUCUGUGUGAUCUGCAGAGAGUCCCGGGCUCACCAUGCUCACACUGUGAUUCCCAUACAGGAAGCUGCCCAGGAGUACAAGGAAAAAAUCCAGGCCCAUUUGCAGACCCUGAGGGAAGAGAGAGAAAAGCUGCUGGGAUUUAAAGAGGCUGUAGAGAAGAGAAGCCAGGAGUAUCUGAAACAGUCAGAAAUCGGGAGGCAGAAGAUUGUGUCUGAAUUUCAGCAACUGCGGCAGUUCUUGGAGGAACAAGAGCGACUCCUGCUGGCGCAGCUGGAGAAGCUGCAUGAGGCAAUUGUGAAGAUACAAAAUAAAAAUGUCAGUAAACUCUCCGAGCAGAUUUCCCGUCUCAGUGAGCUGAUCAGUGAGAUGGAGGGGAAGUGUCAGAAGCCAGCGAGUGAAUUCCUGCAGGAUGUCAGAAGCACCUUGAGCAGAUGUGAGAAGGGGAAGUUCCAGCAGCCAAGGGAGAUUUCUCCUGAACUGGAAGUGAGACUCAGUGAUUUCUUCCAGAAAACUAUUGCUGUAAUGGAGACUCUGAGGAAGUUCAAAGACACUCUGCCAUCUGCACUGGAAACACCUCUUCCCCCAGUGAAUGUGACUUUGGAUCCAGACACGGCUCAUCCCAUCCUCGUCCUGUCUGAGGAUUGGAAAAGUGUGAGAUGGGGAGACACGCGACAGCGACUGCAAGAUAACCCUGGAAGAUUUGACUCUGAUCCCUGUGUGCUGGGCUGUGAGGGAUUCACCUCGGGGAGACAUUGCUGGGAGGUGGAGGUGGGGGAUGGGCGAUUCUGGGCUGUUGGGGUGGCCAGAGAGUCUGUGAGGCGGAAGGGAGAGAUGAACUGUAACCCUAAGGGGGGGAUCUGGGCUGUGCGGCGGUGGUGGGGUCAGUUCCGGGCUCUCACCUCCCCCGUCACCCCCCUGCCCCUGAGCCGGGUCCCCAGCAGGAUCCGGGUUUGUCUGGACUGUGACCGGGGGCAGGUGACAUUUAUUGAUGCUGGUGAUGAGGCCCCAAUCUUCACUUUCCCGCCGGCCUCAUUCAAUAGGGAGAGAAUCCGACUCUGGCUACAGGUCUGGGACCCAGACACCCGGCUCAGACUGUGUCCCUGAGAUGGGGUGGGGAAGAUACCACUGCGAACCCUGAGAGCAGCCUCUCAGACAGCACAGUCUCUGUGACCCUGGAGAUUGCUUUGGGUCUCAGCCUUUGCACUGUCAAUCCAUAGAGAGCAUUCAUUGAGUGAGGUAGAGAAGCCAAUCUCAUUGUCCCACCAGGCAUUGUGCAGCCUGUUUGCCACUGUCCUCUAUGAUCCAGGACGACUCUGGGGAUUCUGGGUCAGACAGUGUCACUGAGUCAUGGGGGGAACAGCCCACUGGGAAUGGAAAAAUAGGCUUCUCUAGCCACAGUCCUCCUAGCCCCUAUGACCUGGAGCACUCCCAUCUACCCAGCAUUAGGGCUUAUCUCUAUGACCCGGGAAGACUCCUGUCUACCCAACCUUUGAGCUC